AGCUGUUACAGAUGUUUUCCCCACAUCGUCAACUUAGCUUGCAAGGCUGUACUUGGGGCAAUUACAAACCUCAAUUUUGCCAGUCAAGAUGCACCCGAUUUUAUUCCCAGUGCUCCCCCUGGUCUCGAAUCACGGAGUUUUAUGGAUGCUAUUGAUCGUGAUCCUAUUGCCACAGUUCAAACUGUGGUUCGUGUUAUUCGAGCAUCAUCCCUCCAUCGCCAGUAUUUUACGAGCAUCCUUAAUGCUUUGAAGCAAAAGGACCUUCAAUUGCUUAGAGACAUUGACGUUCGUUGGUCUUCGACCUUACUAAUGGUUGAACGUGCAAUUUUAUUGCGUGAGGGAAUUGAUAGAUUUUUGUCGAGUGACAGCUUUCCCGAGUUCCAGAAGUACAAGCUUGGAAGCAGCGAGUGGGAUGCGCUCGAUGUGUUCCGCAAGGUCCUUAGUGUCCCACAUGCUUUUCAACAACGGUUAUCGGCUGAGAAAACUCUGACAUUGUGCAAUGCUAUUCCAGCAUUUGAGGCUAUGGUGCGAAUAUGGAGUAAGCAGUUAGAUGACGACCCCGAUCUCGCUAUUGUAAUUCAACCGGGGCUCAACAAACUCAAUGAUUAUCGGUCACGCAUUGCUGAUGUUCCAGCAUAUGCUCUUGCUAUGAGUCAGUGUUCAUAUUCUCUCGUGUUCAUGGGAUUCCUGACGAUGGUCAACCCCGCGAUAAAACUCAACUGGUUUUCAUCACAUGCCCCCGAAAAGAUACAAUGGGCAAAAGAUCUACUGUUAUCUGAGGUGAUAGUGCUCUACUUGUAA